UUGAAGCAGCGAUUCAACCAAACUGGAGGUGUUCACAUUAACCAGAUGAUGUACGGCUGUGAAUGGGACGAUGAAACGGCUGAAGUUAACGGCUAUCAUCAGUAUGGCUAUGAUGGAGAAGACUUCAUAUCAUUUGACCUGAGGUCAGCGACAUGGGUCGCUGCAGUAAUGCAGGCUGUAAUCACCAAACUCAAGUAGGACAGAGACAGAUCUCUUUUAGGCGAUCUGAGGAAAUAUCACACCCAGAUUUGUCCUGAGUGGCUGAAGAAGUACGUGAACUAUGGGAGGAGCUCUCUGACGAGGACAGAGCUUCCCUCAGUGUCUCUCCUCCAGAAGUCUUCCUCCUCUCCAGUCAGCUGCUAUGCUACAGGUUUC